AAUUGUUAACCGGUAUUUGUAGUAGAUAAAUAUCGUUAUCAUAAUAUCUCUACGAUAUUUUUCACAAUAGUUUUUUAAAGCAGGUAUAUAUUAAAGAUUUCUUUUUGCCUUGUUUACAUGACUAUAUUCUAAGUAAAUUACAGGAAUACCUGUACCAUAACUCGCUAUAAAAUUGUGUUGAUUGAUUUUAUUAAUUAAUAAAUAUUCAUAUUUUAUGUAUGUAUGAAAAUUAUGCAUAUUGUAUUUAUAGAAAUUUGCAUAUCAAUCAGAAAAGGUGAAAACUACUCAAAAAAAACCAGCACAAUACUAUCUGUUAGACUGUUACUGUAAAAGUCUUUAGGCCUAUUACUUCAAGUCAGCCAAUUUUUUGUCCUCUAUACAGGUACAUACAACAACUGUUGAAUAAUUGUUAAGGGAUAAUUAAGGAUGGACGAAAGAGGAGAAUCUUUUCCUCUCGGACCUGACUUCGAAGGGAAAUAUAAACCUAUAUUUGAAAAUUAUGGACCAAGGGGAAUACCUUUAAGUGAAAUAAGAAAACAACUACUCGAAAAUGAUGAUUCUAUUCCCAGACAACUAAUGAGGGAACUUAUCAGAAAGGCUGACAGCGAUAGAGAUGGCCAUCUUAGCUAUAACGAAUUUAUUAGAUUGAUGCAAUUACGCCAAAGACAUUUAACGAGAUUUCAAAGAUUAGUUAGAGGAGCCAUUAGUACAGUUGUACCGAGAGGAGCCGUCAACGAAUACGGUGAAGACGUUGUAGAUAGUUAUAUCGACCAUUACACCUGCAAACCUCCGCCUAUGUUUAUGAUUUUAAUAAGUGUUAUUGAAACAAUUGUCUUUAUCAUUUACGCUGUUAUUCUGAGUAAAAGAGGAACUCCGGUGACUGCAAAUACCGGUUGCCCAACUGAUUCUCCUCUUAUCUUUAAUCCAUCGAGAAGAUACGAAGCUUGGAGAUUUCUUUCUUACAUGCUAAUGCACGUAGGCUAUCUUCAUCUUAUUUUCAAUCUCAUUUUUCAACUUUUACUUGGAAUUCCAUUGGAAUUAGUUCAUAAAUGGUGGAGAAUGUUAAUCGUCUAUUUCUUAGGAGUUAUAGCCGGGUCAUUGUGCCAUACUGUAUUUGAUCAAACCACAUUUUUAGCGGGAGCCAGCGGUGGUUGUUAUGCUUUAAUAGGAGCUCAUUUUGCUAUUGUUAUUAUGAAUUGGAAAGAAAUGACACACGAUUGGAUGGACGGGGUGGUUAAAUUCCUGCUAAGUGCACCGGUUCGGCUAGGUUUUUGGACAAUAUUAGCUGGUGCGGAUAUUGGUGUUGCAGUAUAUAAACGAUACUUUCUGGAAGAGACAACGAACGUCGGUUACGCAGCCCAUUUAGGAGGAGCAUUAGCCGGUUUACUAAUUGGUAUACCGGUAAUGAAGAAUAUAAAGAAAUUAAAAUGGGAAAGAGUUGUAUUUUGGGUUUCCAUAGUAUUAUAUCUACUCUUUGUAGCGUUUGCAGUAUUAUGGAAUAUAUUUUACAAAGGAUUUCCAAAAACUGAUUGGACAAAAUGCUGUAAAGCAGAUAGUUAG